GAUGUUUCCGAUCGACGGGUCAACUAUGAACGUACGGGCAGGCAUUGCCUUCCUCUGGGUAGUAGGCCUAACCUACGGUCAGCUUUCAGGUACGGUAAACCAGGUGAAAUGUAAAGUUUAACGUAACUUUAUGUAGAUUAGGUCUAUUGUUCAAAGAAAUGGUCCAUAUUUGUCUAAAAGGCUGAGCUGUAAAUUUUUUUUGUUUUUCCAGUGUUAGACAAAUGUUUAACAUUUUAAAUUGCCCUAUCUCAAAGCUAUUUUUUAAAUAAAUACUUAAAGAAAGACAACCAAAUUUGUACGCUUAAGGGAUGUCAAAUUCACAUGCAAAAAAAAACUGUGGUGGCUUUAUGUACACGAAUUAUUAUUUUUCCGAAAUUUACACACACAAAAAAUAGUUAAAAGCAUUUAUAUUUCAAUUUUGCAGAUAAUCCAGCAAACGUCUCUGACGUUUCCGUGCUCCCAAAUGUUAAUGGCAGUGUCGGACAAAAUUUGUCUGCGUUUGGAAUUUCUGAAGGAAGACCAAGAGAAGGAAAACCACACGGCAGAAGACCGGAAGAGUCAGUUGGGAGGCACCCUGACAGACAGCAUGGCAGAAGACCGGGUGAGUCAGAGGGGAGACGCCCUGACCGACAAGAUGGUAGAAGACCUAUCGGCGUCUUUGAUUCUGCACGACAACGUGUAGCUCGCCAAGAGCCUGUGCUCGUUACUGGUGCUGACCUGUUAGCAUUUUUAGCCUUCAGUAAUGCUCCUUUGCUUCUUAGCAAUCCUACUGCUCCUCCGCCAUCACAAGGACAUCACAGUCAACCACCACCAGGAGGACACAGGCUGCCACCACCACCACCUCCACGAACAGGAGAACGCAGGCUGCCACCACCUCCACUACCAGUAGGACAGAGGCCUCCACCACCUCCACCACCAGGAGGACAGAGGCCUCCACCACCACCUCCCCGUCAAUAAAUUCUACCAGAUCUCUGAGCAGAUCAUCAGAUGUAAAUUCUUUAAGUUCAAAAUAGAACACCUGGUAUAAACUUAUUGUUUGUUGUUUUUUUUACAAGCUUAUUAUAAAUUAAAGACUGGCCGAAUGUGAUUUUAUGGUUUCGGCCGAAAACGAAGCGACAAUGAACAAUGAUUUCCGACCAAAACCAAAAGAUGAACGAUACUUUCGGCCGACACCGAAACCGAAAGAUAUAUGACUCAGUAUAACAUUUUAACAAACUUUGUCGUGAAACAGUGACGC